AAGCCUGGUUGGACUCAUGAGGAGUGGUCGGAGUUGGUGUCUGAAGACCCGGAGACUGCACAAGGUUAUCAAACCUUCAACACGGCUGUGAGAGACACCAGAGGGGCUCACGUUGACUAUGCACCGAUGCAUGAUGAAAUGGGCAGAGAGUUGCUUCUGUGCGUCAACGAUGCCAAUGUUGCACUGAGUCAUCCACCUGGUGGUGCAUUAUCUGAGAGGACUCUUAGGAGCACGAUGGAGAAGUUCAAGAAGCGGUUUCAUAAGAUGGCAGCAAUGCUUUCUUGCCAUGGUGCUCAGUCCAGUGACGUGUAUGCACCUGGUAGCCGCGCCGCCACAGCUAAUAGACGGCGUUAUCUACAGAACGAUGAGGACAUGGAGGAGGAGUUCCAUGAAGAGGAGCCAUCACAUCAAGAGGAGCCAACACAUCAUGAGGAGCAUGAGUAUGAUGCAACACAUGAAGAGGAUCAUGAGUAUGAUGUUGAUGCUCCACAACCAUCACAGGUUACACAACCAACACAAGGCAAUGCUCCAACCAUCUAG